AUGGACGAGUUCGGACCCGUCCGAGGAGUUGAUGUGCCCUUUGACGGAAUAGGGGACUGGGAUCCGUCGGCCAUACCCCUUCCAGAUGGAGAGAUGACUAGUUUGAAAACUAGUCUAGCCCAGUCCGGACAUCAGCCUGAUCCUACAGUACCGGAAUUAGAUCCGGAGUCGAAAGAAUCCCAGGCAAGGUAUGAUCCAAUGAAUGUAGAUCUAGGAGUAAUACCCGAGGAAGAACCCAGGGAGGAUGAGCCGGAGGAUGAGCCAGAGGACGAGCUAGUAGAGGAGCCAGAGGAGGAGCCAGAAGAGGAGUCCGAUGACGAGAAGAGGAUUGAGGGUCAGAUAAAGUCGGGAGAUGAGGAUAACCCGAUCAAGAUUGAGGCUGAUUCGGAGUCGUCGGAUGAGCAUGUGCCUGAUGAGGAUUCGAAUGGGGAUUCCGAAAAGAUUGGUCCACCUCUUGUUGCGAAAGCUCAGUGGAGUGGAGAGGGGGAAUUCGAGAAGACAUACCUAGUUUGCAGGUCCAAGUACGCGUCGCUCGCGAAAACCCUCUAG